AUGGAGCAUUCUCUCAGUUUUUCUAGAGUUCGAGGCCAAGGUUACGACGGUGCUAGUAAUAUGCAAGGUGCAAUUAAUGGCCUUAAAACUUUAAUUCUAAAUGAAUCUCCAUCUGCACAUUGUGUUCAUUGUUUUACUCACCAACUUCAAUUGACACUUGUUGCCGUCGCAAAGAAAAAUGCUGAUUGUGAACUUGAAUCUGGAAGUGGCUUAAAUCAAGAGCUUAGUCUGAGUAGACCUGGUGAUACUCGUUGGGGUUCUCAUUUUAAAACAAUUUUGAAUGUGCUUAAUUUAUACCCAACAAUUCUUGAGUCACUUGAUGCCAUUGGAGAUGUUUCUGAUAGUGUUGACCGGAAUCGAGCUGAGUCACUUACACACUUGCUGAUGUCAUUUGAUUUUAUUUUUGUGGCACAUUUGAUGAAGAGUAUAUUUGCGAUUACAAAUGAGUUGAACCUAGCUUUACAAAGAAGUGAUCAAGAUAUAGUGAACGCAAUGAAAAUGGUUGACGUGACUAAGAUCAAUUUGCAGAACUUGAGAAAUGAUGGAUGGGAUAUUCACAUGAGCAAAGUCACUUUGUUUGCGAUUAAAUAUGGCAUUGAGACUCCUGAUAUGGAGGAAAAGUAUGUUCUCCCUGACAGAAGGAAGUUUCAUGGAAAUAGAUCACAAGUGACAAAUCUUCAUCAUUUUCGAGUUGAAGUUUUUCUAAGUGUCAUUGAUCUACAGUUACAAGAACUUGAAAAUAGGUUCAAUGAGGUAAGCAAAGAAUUACUUGUUUGUAUGUCUUCUUUCAAUCCCGCGAACCAGUUUUCCGCAUUUGACAUAGCAAAGUUGACACGACUAGCAGAAUUUUAUCCUACUGAAUUUUCAACUGUUGAACUUUCUUUUAUGGAAGAUUCACUUCAAAAUUUCAUUGUUGACAUUCGAAGCGAUGGGAGAUUUUCAAUGUUGAAGAACCUUAUCGAGCUUUCCAUGAAACUUGUUGAGACAGGAAAACAUGAAACACAUUCAAGAGUAUAUCUGCUUCUAAAGUUAGUGUUGCUCCUUCCUGUGGCGACAGCAAGUGUCGAAAGGGUAUUUUCAGGAAUGAACACAAUAAAAAGUAAAUUGCGUAGUACUAUGGGAGAUCAAUUACUCAAUGAUUGUUUGGUUACUUAUAUAGAGAAAGACUUAUUUCUGAAAGUAAGACUCGAUGAUAUUGUAGCUCAAUUCCAAAAUAUGAAGACUCGGCGAGAACAAUUGUAA